AGGCCGGGGGCUCCGGCUCCGACUCGGAACUGGGCAUGAGGACCCACGACAGGUACUACCGGGGCCGGGGCGGUCUCGUCUCGCCCGAGAGGGACCCGGAGCGCGACUGCGGGGACUCUGUCAGCGACAUAGAGAGCGUUGUUAGUGCCUUCUCCACCCAGAGCGAAAGGCCGCGUGGGACCAGGAAGUUUAGUAGGCGGCACCUAAGUAGCUUGAAGAGCCAAAGUCACGCCCAAAGCUAUGACGUCACAUUCGACGAUCCGACAAUCCUAUCUGACCUUGACCGUGACUAUGACCUCGGCCGUAAUAUCUCUUGUAGUUUACUAGACACGGUCCACCCCCUAGGCAGUCCUCUCCGCCGUGCACCUGUCCUCCGGAGGUCACUUUCCAUGGGUGUGUCUCCCGCAGUUUCUAGGAGCGCACCAUCCCUCUCGGUGCGGCCUCGUCAACAACCACGGACGCACCUCAUAAGGAGCAACACAAUGGUGAGCGCUCCUCCUCCACCUCGCACUCGCCAUUGCCUACAGAAGAGCCACAGCCUAGGAGAGAAUGAUAAACAUUGGCUCCUCCACCAUGAUCCUGACCUAUUAAUGGACCAUUGGGACGUAAGGGACCAAGGCCACAGGGCUCGCUCAAGGUCACUUACUAGGGAUGACCUAGUGUUGCGGUCACAUCCUAAGAAGACUGUGACCUAUGAAGACGAAGUUUUAUCUAAGCACAGGGUCCAAGGACCUGCUAGGAUUUCAAGAAGCUCACUCUCAAUUGAUAAAUCAGUGCCUUAUGAAUCAGAUCUAGAGGUAAGGGAACACGUGUCGGACACGUUCAGACGGAAGCCCAGGGCACAACCUGAGCGUGAAGUCUACAGUGAUGCUCAGAAUUCUGAUAUCUCCAACGGAGAGACUAAUCGGAGUUUAUAUCGUAGACGAAGUUCAGCCCGACUUGUGGACGGGCACAGUGCAGGGACCUACUACGGGUAUGACUCCGAAUACAGCGGAGCGGAGACAGAGGUGUUCCUCUCAGAUAGGUCAUUAGACAGAUCCUGCAGCCUAGAACAUGUGGAACAGAGAAAACCAGAGAUUAGACGAGACAUCGAAAAGCGACCCAUCGAUCAACCAAGACGUAUGACAAUGGAAAGGGUUGAUGAAUUCUUUCCUACUUCAAUUCAGUCAGUAAGGGAAGGGUCAAGCCAGACUUUGCCUAGAGCAAGGCGUCAUUCUGGGAUUACACAGCCUCGGAAAACAUUUAUGAGGGCCAAUACAGAGAGUUCUCUUCUAUCAGGGCCAAGUAGGAAUAUAGAACGCGAGGUAAUGUGGCGGCCUUCUAGAGAAGACCCAGAGGCACUAUAUCGAGUUCCUCUUCGUGAGUCAAGUGUCUCAGAACCACCAUUAGAAGCUGCAAGAAGUCUUCAUAGUAAUCCAUCUCUGGCACAUGUUUUUGAUGGAAGUGGACCACCUAGUAAAUAUGAGGCUUAUGGUUCUGAUGAAGUGUUUGCUCCUGUGGAGCAGAGAAGACAAGAGCCACCAAGACCAGUAGACGAGAGGGGUAGAUAUCCAAGUGAUGCACCGCAUGAGUAUGAUAGAAAUUAUAGGCGUGACAGUAGAUUGGUGCCGGAAGCAGAGGGAUAUAUUGAUCAAGAGGAGAGAUACAGAGCCCCAGCCAUUGAAGAUAAGGACAGAUAUCCAGACCGAGGUCACAGCGAUGAUGAAAGAUACAGGAAUAAAGAUAGGUAUAGAGAUUUUGGGCCUCCUGAAAAAGAAAGGUAUAGAGAACAAAUACCAAUGGAAAAAGAAAGGUACAUAGAACAGGUACCAGCUGAUAUAGAGAGAUGUAUAGUGCAAGGACCAGUGGACCAGGAGAGGUACAGAGAUCAUGAACUUAUGGAGAAGGAUAGAUAUGUAGAACAAGUACCUAGGGGCUUAGAGAGGUAUAGAGAGCCUAUUGUGGUAGAGCAGGAAAGAUUCAGAGAUGAAGAUCCAUAUAGAGAUCAAAACGUUGGAGACCAUGAUCGCUACCGAGAACAAGGAGCCAUAGAAAAAGAUCGAUAUAGACGACGAAGUUCAUGUAUUGAUGACAGGCCUAGAGCUUCCAUAGACCAGGGAAGAUACAGAGAAAUGGGGGAUCUGGAACAAGAAAGAUACAGAGAAAAUAUAGGACAAGAAAGAUUCCGGGAACACAUAGAACAGGAAAGAUAUCGGGAACAUCCAGAACAAGACAGGUAUUUAGACCCAGUGGAACAUGGGCGAGGCUAUCAGCGUGGUCCUCCUCCACCACCGCCACAAGAAUACAACGGCCAAGUAGAUGAUAGACGCUGCUACGAUAGUCCAAGAAGGGAUGGAAAAGAACGAUAUGAUAUUGUGUAUGAUGACCGUGAGCAUCAGUAUGGAGAACAGUAUGAACAUGAGAGUCCAAGAAUGAGGGACCCUCGCUACCAGCAAGAUCCCAGAAGCCAACGGUUCCCCCCUAGUGGUCACGACCCAAACUUCGCUUACCAUGAUCCCCAUAGACCACAUGACCGACGCGACACAGCUUCUCACCAGCACACUCCGCACCCUCACAACCCUGCUCAUGCACACGCCCACCCCACUAACACCAUCCACGCCCAACCCUCUAACACCCACCAGACUUAUGCAGACCCAUCCUCCUAUUCUGUAGCUGAGACUGAUCCUAUGUACCCUGCUGACACAGACAUUGUAGUAGAUGACGAGAACCCUGACCAAGACAGACCCUUAACCCCCCGAGUUCGCCACAGUUCCUCCGUUAGUAUUAAUGAGCACCCUGAGUACUUUGAAUUUGACGCCAAUAGUCCCCCUAGUACGGAGCCUCGCGCAGACGCUGAUGUAGACCCUUCUUCUAACCCUGCUAGUGAGUUUAGCCAACGGGAGACCGCAUACGGAUCCAUGGGCGUGAACUACGGCGGAACAAGUAAGCGGGGUCAGCUGGGCAGGAGCCGGUCCACCAGCGAGGUCCCCGAGACAGAAAAAACUGAGAAGGAAAGCGUAGGAGAAGGAGACGAAAAAGGAGAAAAAGGAGGCGAAGGGUCAGAAGAGGGCGUGGUAGUGGAAGAGGCGGUGGAGGGAAAUGUGGAGGGAGAUGUAGAGGGUGGUGAAGUGGAGGAGGGUUGUGAGGAAGCCGAGGUAAUGGUGGAGGAGGAGUGUGUGGAGAGGGAAUGCAGCGUGGAGGGUUCGAGCCCCCCUCCCGAACAUGCCUGCGGCUCUUCCAACCACGACUCCCUCGACGUGGAGAAGCUGGAUGGCAGCCUGAGCGACUCUGCGGCUGGCCUACUCACCGUGGAGGGCAAGGAGCGCAGGAGAGCGACUAAUGGGAAACAAAGUCAAAACUUGGGCCUAUCCAAGAAAUCAUCCUCGACUUCCAAGCUAUCAGACACGGAGGGCGGUAGAAAGCGUAGUACUAGUGGGGUCCAGCGAUCUCAGGAGGUGAUCCCAUCUAGCCAGGCUCGCUUGGUUAAGCAGCCCUCUAAGGAGUCCACCGACGGUAGCAUGAAUAGCAUCAGUUCUGAGGGCUCCUCUCGCGUACCAUCUAUGCGCUUGGGAACAGAUGGUCAGCUGAGCGAGUUCAUCGAAGGCCUUGGUCCGGGCCAGCUGGUGGGGCGCCAGGUGUUGGCCGCUCCUGCUCUUGGAGACAUCCAGCUGUCUAUGUGUGACCGUAAGAACAAGCUUGAGGUGGAGGUCAUCAGGGCGAGGGGCCUCCAGUGCAAAACAGGGGCCCGAAUCUUACCUGCGCCCUACGUGAAGGUAUACUUGGUGGACGGGAAGAAGUGCGUGGCCAAAGCCAAGACGGCGACGGCGAGGAGGACUCUCGACCCACUGUACCAACAGCAGCUCAUCUUCCACGAGAGGUACCAAGGCUGUGUUCUGCAGGUGACGGUGUGGGGCGACUACGGGCGCAUGGAGGGCCGUAAGGUGUUCAUGGGCCUGGCGCAGAUCAUGCUGGACGACCUGGACCUCUCCAACAUCGUCAUCGGAUGGUACAAGCUCUUCGGCACCUCCUCGCUGGUGUCGCUGCCGGCGCUCACCCGUCGCGGCUCCAUGGCCAGCCUGGACAGCUUCGGGUAGUGGUAGAGCGAUGGCCCUUGAGGCCUGGGUCACGCUGCACCAGCCCUUCCCAUGGGAUCAAGCACUUCCGUGCCUGCCACACAGUCACAACAUAAGACCUCCGUGUACUAGUGCAGAACAUUCAACGAUAUUUGCAACCUGCAAUAUUGCUAUCAAGCAGAAUGUGAAGCUUUUCAUUGGGUGCUCUCUUUUGUCUCGGUUUCAAGACUUGAUCUGACACUAACUGCUUGUGUUGCAAAUUUGCAGUAUUGCAUUAAGAUAAGAGGCUCAAAGACAUCAUCGACUUGCCUAAGUGGAGACGAUGGUAGUCGUCAUGACGCGGUACUCGGGGCAUUAAGUGCCCCAUAAGUUCCCCUGCUGGGGCAUCGUGGGGCUCGUUUCUCCACAUCAGCCCCCAGCGGCCACACGGGUAGUAGGCCAUGCUGGGGCCACGCUGGGGCCACACUGGGGCUACAAAUAUGCCCCCACUCCAGCAUCAGGCUGCACACAUAACACCUCCCUCGUGCACCUCACACUUCCGGACUUCCCGUUAAUGUGGACUCUCGUCACUUGUUUGCCUUGAGAGCAGUUUUUUACAUGCCACAAUAUCAGUACGUAUAACACCUUCUCGGCCUGCUCUGUCUCGCUUUAGUAGACAGGCUGGCCAGCGUCACAAUGCUUGUGAUUUUGACUAAGUGCUUUAAAUAAUAUUACAGAAUAGUUUUAAUCAUGUGUGGAAGUUUGCUCCAUAGAGUACCCUACCCUUUCUAGUUUCCAAUACUAAGAUGACCUAUCGUAGUCCAACACUAUGGCUCGUGUCUUCUCCACCCACCCCCUUCUCCCUUCAUUUCCGUACUCCUUCCUUCCUCAUACAAUCACUCUCCUCUUUCUCCCUGACAUGUCUUACAUGACAUCCCUUUCCCCUCUUUCCCCUCACACACCUUGACAUGUCAUACUCUGCCUGGUUAAGUAAAUAUAAAGUUCUCCAUGAAUAAUUUACCUGGAUAAUUUCAGACCUUACCUGAGCAGUACAUAUUACCUGUCACCAUGUAUAAUUACCCUAAGAUUCUAUAUAGUCUUCCUCGGGACUUUUAUCUCCCCUUGGUACUACUGGCCCGGUGUUCCUCACCUUCACAGUGUAAUACUGGCCUUCCUCUGGCAUUUUUUAGGUUGACUUGGCAAUCCUGACCUUCACCGAGCAGUUCUGACCAUAGCCCGGUAUCCCUGGACCUUUAUUCAGCACUCUUCACUUUAGCCUAGUUCUCCUGAACAUAACCCGGCAUGUGUUGACCUUAAUCUAGCAAUUGUAACUAUAACUGAUGCUAUACUGCUAACCUUACCUAGCAUCUCUGUCUCUAACUACAACAGUCACCUUUUUGAGAUACUCCAUGGAACGUUAUAUCUGCCCACAGGAAGGGUUGAAGUUCAUGCUGACCACUCCCACCUCCGUCACUUCCGCUUUCGUUGCCUCCUUCCUUACUUUUACUGAUCAUCCCUUCCUUUAGUCUGUCCGUUUUCACUUGAUUCCGCCAGGUUCCCUGUUCCUUACGUAAAACUGCUCUGUCACCUCGUGUUAUGAUUUCUAUCAUAUUCGUCUGGCUUCUUCCUUGUUCUUGAGCUUUUUUGCUGUUAUCUUUGCCCUUGAUUCUCCUCUCUUCUGAUCAACUGUGCCCUCUUCCUUCCCUUCCAUCCCUCUAGAAGUAGGCCUAAUCUUUGAUGGACAGUUGGACUUGGAAUCAUGCCCAGGCUGUCUACAACCUAUUGUAUAACACAGAAUAUACUUAACGAAUUCCUAGAAUUAUACUCGAGAAAAGAAUACCCCUCCCCAGUGCGUCAUGUGGUCGGACUUUGUAUGAUGAUACAUGGGAAUAUGAUCUGGUCCCCCCCCUAAAUAUUUUCAUGUUGAAUGCUUUGCUGAGGAUUAUUUCGUAAGUGAGCAUAAGAUACGAAGCAGUUCCCAUUGGCAAUGCCUUUGUCCACGGAUGUGUUCCCCUCCGUAGGGGUGGAUUAGAUGACGCCCGCCUCUACCAUAUCGAAAUAUAUGAAGGGUUGACUAUAUGUUAAGAGUUUUUACUUAUCGUUAUUGAUUGAAAUUUCUAUGUGAAUGUUAAGGAAUGCAGCAAAUGUAUAGUUUUUAUUAUAAGUGUUUGCAGACUGAGAGGUUUUCGAGAGGAACGUGAGUGAGGGAUUUAUCCCCUCCCCUCCCCUGGAACGCUUAAACCUUCAUCCUCCUUUACCAAGUCUA